AUGAGAUAUCAAUUGAUCCCGGAUAAUGAUAUCUUCCCGAUUUGUGCUCAAAAUUGGAUACAAUUGUUUCAAAAAAGGAGGACUUAUUCGCUAGUCGUCAAGUUAAAUGAAAGGAGAAGGCAAUACUUUUUUGCUAUUACCAAUUCACGCAAUGCAGUGAUCCCAGUUGAUUGGUCAAAAGUAUCUGAACAGCGACCAGAAAAUCACGGCCAGUGCAGGUUACUAGACCAACUUGCGAAGGGAAACUGUGCGGCUAAGGAUAUCGAUAAGGAAACAGGUCCUGCAAAAUUCCGUUCAAAAUCCAGCGGAUCAGAUCCGAAUAUAAUUUCAAAAGACUCAUCAAGUGUAAGCGUGUUUUCAUCCUCAUCAAAGACUACAAAGUAUAUAUUAGCCACGCAGUAG